UGGGGGCAACUGGGCCUUGCUCAGAGAGACUUAUACAAAGAAGUGAUGCUGGACAAUUAUAGGAACCUCAUCUCCCUGGGGUUUCCAGUUUCCAAACCAGAUGUGACCUUCCAGUUGAAGAGAGGAGAAGUACCAUGGAUGCCAAACAGAAAAGACUCCAGCGACACCUGUCUGGACCCAGAAAGACUUCCAGCGUGCGCAACCGGCCGGCCAUGAAGCCCUCCAAGCUUGAGCCUGCCUUGACCUCGGACUCGUCCACAAGCAGCAAGAAGGGGGCCAAGAGGGAGCGGACCAUGUUUAACGAGGUUCAGCUCGACGUUCUGCUGGGGGAGUUCCAUAAGAACCCCUACCCCAACUACUCUGUCCGCAGCGAGCUGGCCAACCGCCUCGACGUGCCCGAGUCCAGAAUCCAGCUCGCCAUCCUGAGACUGUCUGCCUCCAGCUGCUUUUAGUGAAUUAAUAACCUCAUUCUGUGAAGUGGAUCUCUGGGCAGUAGGGGAAGGUCACUGCUGCUACCCUUGGAUCUGAACCAGACAGCAGCUGUCUUGUUAUCUUUGGAAAUAUCCUUGUUUCCCUUUCCCAAUGAUUUCAGUCAUGUGAUAUGCCAACCCUGUUGGCAGGGACUAAGUUGUAUUUUUAUCACCCUAUUUAUGUCAAUAAACUUCAAUGACUUUUGGUUACCAAA